AUGUCCUUCUGGAAGAAACCCAAACCCAACAAGUCAGACAAGAAGCCUACACAGCCUCAGAGCGAGAUUCAAAUCAGCUCCCCAGUGUUGGAAUCAACGUCUCUCGGCACAGGCAGCCCCAGAAUACCAGUACCAGAUCCAACCACACCACCCAAGCCACCACUGAAACACGCGAAAAGUCCACCCUCGAAACCAGGCCGUCCAGCAUUGUCAGAUGAUCCCACCCCAGCUGCUGUCUUCUGGAAGUCCCCUGAUUUCGAGACCACAUACGCUCGGAAUGUGGGAGUUCCAAUGUCGCGAAUAGGGGGCAGCUUGCUCAGACUACGACCGUCGAAGAGUAGUUCAGAACUACGAUCCAAGCCAAAGGAGCCGAAGCCAGCUCUGCCUAGACGUCGGACGUGGACUCGAACUGGUUACCAUUGGCGAGUGGAAGCUGGACCGCUGGCGAGUGAGCCUGAUUUGCCGACUGUGCACAGCCAGGUGGUCGUGGAGGAUAUCUUUUCGUCAAACACACCACUGCCCGAGACCAAGGCGCAGAUGAAGCAGAGGAAGAAGAGUUCGAGGUUCGAGAAGGAUCAGUUGACUUAUCUCGAGCCGUUGCCGCCGGAUGCGAUCGACAGAGUCGAGGAUGCGAAGAAUGUACAUGCGCGGCCCUCUUCGUCCGCCGGGUCAGAGAUCUCGCGCAUUAUUGAGCUGUAUCGUGCAGAUUCGCCGGAAGCGACUUCGUCUAUGCCGGCGUUGUCUGCACCGACGGUGCCUACAUCCAAGUCUGCUUCAUCCAAGCUGACUUCACCCAAGCCGUCAUCGUCCAAGGUAGCACAACCUCGGCCAUCUUCAAGAAGGCAGCUUUCAUACAAAGGAACUCCACCUCGAGCGACUUCAUCUCAGGGAAGUCUGGUCAGGCCCUCUUCGUCCAGGCCGUCUUCGUCUGAGGGAUCGCUUCCGAAAGCAAAGCCAUCCACGGGAUCGCCAACUAGGAAGUCUACGUCGAAAGCACCGUCAUCUGUUCAGUCAUCCUCCCAGACAGCAGCAUCGAAAUCCAAUGCACCAAACGCAUCAGCCCCAUCGAAUACUCUUGUACUUCGACCACAAGCAACGCCAUCGAAAGCAAAGACGCCAGUCUCGACCGCACCAUCGAAUACUCUAGUACUUCGAGGGGCGCACAACGCUUCCGCGCUGUCUAAGAAACCUGUAGCACAGCCCGCUGCGGACAGCCAGCCAUCCGAGCCAAGCGAGCAUCGAGUUCUGAACGCUAUAUACGAGGAAGCUAAUCGAGAAUUGAGGCCUCCUCCUCCUCCAGGCGUCACAAGAACCAAACUUGACUAUCCUUUGAUUUCCCACCCGCCUCCCGCGUUCAUCCUCCCGCCAGGCAUGGAGUACCCCAAAAGAGGGCUGACGGCAAUCAGAAUGCCGCUGGCAUGGACGCCGGACGAAAAGAUGCACCCGGUAGAUCAGAACAAGUUGAGAAAAUACCUGGAGUCCGACAAGGACUACGUCGACAUUGCGUACGAUGAUCUGGAACUGUGUGAGCGCUUCCCGGCGGGAAAGGGCACUUUCGAGCUCCUUUGGAAUGACGCCGAUUUCCACCAGGCCUUCAAAGAUCCGAAGAAGUCUCGCGGGGUGGUGAUCAAUGGGAACGAUUCGUUGUAUGUUGGUGAGCCGGUUUCCAUGAUUACUGGCGUGCUUGCAUGGCUGCAUCGAGGGAUCCAGCGGGCUGCGAAGAAGGAUCACAAGGAUGUGUACAUAUUGAGCUACAUCGCCGGCCGACAUGCUAGCAUGGACGCUUCGACGGUGCUUGUAGGAUCCGUGUGCGACAUGCUUCGCAGUCUCAGCGUGCAAUUGCUGCGACACUUCUCCCUCUGCAAGCUGGACCUGAGGAGCGAGUACUUUGUCAACGUCGACCUGGACAACGCCUACUCACUGCUGUGGUGCUUCAUGUCCCUCCUCACUGCCGUGGCCAAACGGCGUGGCGUCCCGACUGCCGCCACACCAACGCGCAUCGUCAUCCUCAUCGACGGACCCAACUUCUUCGAACAGGGCGAAGAUGCGCUGCAACGAGAGUACGAGGAGUUCUUUUGGGAGUUGGAUGAAUUAGUCAUUCGAUGCAAUGAGGGCCAUCACGAGGACUGCUUUGAUCCGCUGCGGCGCGAGUGGGAGAGAAGGGGGCUCAAGAAGGAAGGGGAGUACUCGGAUGAAUGGCGGAGUUUUGUGACUAGUAUGGUGCGCGAGACGUGGUGGUUGAGGAACAAUCUCGUGCUUACUUAUGUCUUUCUGCACCCGACGCUGUCGAGGCUUGUGCCGAGGAAGCAUGGGAAUUGCGUGGUGUUGAAGAAGACGGAUGAGUGUUGGAUUGUUUGA